CCCACACGGAUCUCUAUAAAUACAGCCAAAUAGAUUUUAGGGUUUCUUUGCCUCUUCCGUUCCAUCGCUGCCACUUCCUAGCUCUAAUCUUACAGCGCCUCCAUUCUCUGUAAAAAUGACUAAGAGAACAAAGAAGGCUGGAAUUGUUGGCAAAUACGGAACCCGUUAUGGUGCUAGUCUCCGGAAACAGAUUAAGAAGAUGGAGAUCACGCAGCAUAGCAAGUUUUUCUGUGAAUUUUGUGGAAAGUAUGCUGUUAAGAGAAAAGCUGUUGGAAUAUGGGGAUGCAAGGAUUGCGGCAAAGUGAAAGCAGGAGGAGCUUACACUUUGAACACUGCUAGUGCCGUUACUGUUCGGAGCACCAUCAGGAGGUUGAGGGAACAGACUGAAAGUUAAGCAUUUAGCUUUUGCUUGAUGCUCUAGUUUCUUUUAAUUAAGUCUAGUUGAAUUUCUGAGGAAUUUGUACUCCAAUUAAACUUUAAUUUUGAGUUCUAUCCGAGAUAGUUAACUUUAAUUGUUUGUGCAACUCUUUAUGGUGGAGCAAAUACAUUUGUUGUUUCCUUUUCAUUA